AACUGUUGAGGUGAUCCAUGGCAACAAGAGGAGCAGCAACCAACCGCCGAGCCCGUCUUUCGCUCUCUCUCCAACUCUCUCCCAUUAUCCCCUCCGGUCUCCGCUCCGCUCUGUCCGGUAAAUGUAGCCGGAAUGCUUCGGGGAGGAAUUACUCCUAACGGCUGCCGCUGAGAAACGGUACCAAGGUGACCGACUGGGAGGGAGGCAGCCCGCCCGCCCGCCACCCGGAGAACCGGAGCUCCACAUCAGCGCCAGGUGCCCGCACUACGACCCGCUGAUAACGGACGGAAACGAUGCUAGUAGCUGGUAUCUUCUGGGGUUGAAUCAGUAAAAUUUGACCCUUUAGUUUAUUAUUAACGGGAAGCGGGCAAAAUGAAAGCGGUUUGUGUGUCAGAAAGGCUUGAUAUUUUUGAUUAACUCUUGCCGUGCCUCGCUGAAACACGCUGUCCCAGCUCUGUGCGUCUCUGCACCGUCUAGCCCCCCGUCCAGUUAACCAUCGCUGCCCUUAUCUCACUAAAGCAUCAUCGUGAAGAUGGCGACUGGGUCGGGCUGGCAGCAGUAUUACUGCCCUACCGGUCAGGGGAAAUUUACUCCAUCAUCCACCGCCUCCUUCCAGUCCGGCGUCGCCAUGGAAUAUACCCAGGACCUGCACCUGAGGAUGAGCAAGAAGAUCGCACAGCUAACCAAGGUUAUCUAUGCACUGAACACGAAAAACGACGAACACGAGGCGGCCAUCGCCACGCUGAAGGAGGCGCACGAAGAGGAGGUGCAGCAGAUCCUGUCUGAGACCAGAGAGAAGAUCCUGCAGUUCAAGAGUAAAAUCAGCGAUGAGAUGGACCUGAAGAAGAGGAUCCAGUCUCUGGAGGAGUCCAUGGAGCUGCACGAGAGGAUGAAGAGGCAGGCGCUGGCCGAGUUCGAGAGCUACCGUCAGCGGGUGGAGGACAUGCAGCUCUGCACCGAGGCCCAGCACACGCAGCGUGUGGUGUCCAUGUCGAGGGAGGUGGAGGAGAUGAGACGGUCCUUUGAGGAGAAGCUGCGGACGUUCAGCCAGGCCCAGGCUCAGUUUGAGCAGGAGAAGAAAGCGGCUCUGGAGGAGCUCAAGGCUCAGCACAGGCAGGAGAUCCAGGAGCUCCUCCGCAGCCACCAGAGCCAGAAUGCAAACUACAGCAAAGACCAGGAGAAACUGGGGCAGCUGCACAAAGCCGAGGUGGAGUCUCUGGCUGAGCGGGUGGAGGAGCUCAAACAGGACAAGAAGAGGCUGGUGGACGAAUAUGAAGCCAAACUCAGCAAGGCUCAAGCGUUUUACGAGCGCGAGCUGGAGGCCAUGAAGCGAACCCAGCAGCUGACGGCCGACAACCUGCUGGCGUGGAAGCGGACCGAGGCCGAGCUGCGGCGGGAGUUCCAGGCGCAGGAGGCGGCGCUCCAGAAAACGCUGGGGAAGCUGCGGGCCGAGCUGACCCGCGUGACGGACGAGGCUCGGGAAAACCGCGAGAAGUCCCACAAGCUGCAGGYGGCGCUCGGCACGGCAGAGGGCUCCAUCAAGGACUUGACCAAGCAGCUGGAUGAAGUGACCCAGAACUCCGAGAUCAUAGAGAUCCGUCAGAAAGAGGCAGAGUGUGAGCUGGAGGCAGCCAGAGACCGAGUUCAGCAGCAGGCCACGGAAAUACUCCUCAAAGCCAGCCAGAUAAGCAGCCUGCAGGCCACCCAGAUGACCCAGGAAGCCGCCAUCAGGGACCUGGACAACGAGCGCAGCCGCCUAAAGGACAAGGGGCUGCGGAUGGAGGAAGAGAGGGAGGCCCUGCAGAGCCAGAGCAAAGCGCUGGAAGAACGACACAAACAGCAGAUCCAGUCCCUGGAGAAGACCCUGCAUGAGGAGAAAACGUCCCACGAGAAGGACCUGAGGAGCAUGCAAACUCACUACGAGGAAGAGGCCAGCCAGAUGAAGGACAGCCAGGCCCGUGCUUUGGAGGAAGUGGCCAAGAAGCACCGAGUGACCCUGGAGAACACGCUAACCACCGCGGAGAAGGACAAGAACCGCCUGCUGGCUGAGCUGGAGCAGCAGUUUGAGAAGGAGCGCYUCUCUCUGGAGGAGCAGAAGACGCUCCUCAGUCAGCAGCURGACGAGAUGAGGGAGGAGCUGACGUCCAAACUCAGAGCCGCCAACGAGGAGGUGUCCCGGCUGCAGCAAGAGGUGCGGAAAGGGGAGGAGGACUUCGGGGCAGCGGAGGGCCAGAUCUCCACCCUGAAGGAGGCGCAGGACAAACUGCUGGAGGAGCUGGACGCCACGCGGGCCCGACUCAGAGAGACCAGCAACCUGCUGACCGCGCUGCAGGGGGAGCUGGAAAUCCAAAAACGCCAACAUGAAGCCAAACUCAUCACCACCAAAGAAGAAGAAAAGCAUAAGAUGGACAAGAUGGCGCUGGAGCUGGAGCUGAAAUGGACCGAGACGCUCCGGCAGGAGUGCAAGAAGCUUCGCGAGGAGCUGAGGGAGGAGCACGAGGAGGAGAAGACGGCGGCUCUGGCUCAGCUGGCGCAGAGCAAGGAGCAGGAGCAGAACAGCGCCAGGGAGAGCUGGCAGCGGAAAGUGGACGACCUGCUGGAACAGAUAUCGCUGCUGAAGCAGAGUCUGGAGAUGCAGCUGUCGCAGUCGCAGUCCUCGCUGCAGCAGCUGCAGCACCAGUUCAGCCAGGAGAGGGAGCACCUGCGCAUGCAGCUGGACGAGCUGCAGACGGAGCAUCAGAGGCGGCAGCAGCGUCUGCAGGAAGCCCACCGCUGCGCCAUGCAGGACAUGGAGCACGCCAGGCAGCGCGACCUGAAGGAGCUGGAGGAGCGUCUGCGCCAUCAUCACCACGCGGAGCUGCAGUCGCUCCGGGAGGCCCACCGGCAGAGCAUCGAGACGCUCAAACAGCAGUCAGAGCAGGAGCUGCAGACUCUCCGCUUCGAGCUGGAGGACGAGGGCAAAGCCAUGCUGGCCUCUCUGCGAUCGGAGCUGAACCACAUCCACGCCUCGGCCAUCGAACACCUGCGGCAGACCCACCGCCAGGAGUCUGCAGCUGCCAAGGCCGAGCUGGAGAAGGUCCUGGAGGACAACCAGACCCAGGAGCGGGACCUGCUGAGCCGGAUCUCUGAGCUGCAGGAGGAGGUUUCCCAGAGGAAGAGCCACAUCGCUCAGCUGGACCACCAGAUCCACACGCUCAACGAGAACAUCAGCACCCUGACCAAGGAGCUGGAGCUGAAGGGCAAAGAGGUGCUGAAGAUCCGCAGCGAAGCCAACCAGCAGAUCCGGGCUCAUGAACAGGAGCUGAUGAAGAGGCACGAGCGGGAGCUGACGGAGCUGAGCGCCGCACACAGCAGGGAGACCCAGAACAUGCUGUCGGACUUCAACAAAGCACAGGAGCUCCUCAAGGACAAGAUCUCGGCUCUUCAGAUUCUUUUGGAGGGAACAGAGGAGAAGUUCAGGAACAGAGAGAGUCGACCUGAAGACCUGCAGGUCAUCGCCGAGCUGAAGGACAUGGUCGCGGAGAGAGAAUCUCUGGUCAAGAAGCUGGUGGACGAUAAGAAGUUCUACCAGCUGGAACUCGUCAACAGGGAGACAAACUUCAACAAAGUGUUCAACGCCAGUCCAAACGUAGGAGUCAUCAACCCUCUCAUUAAGCCCUCCUGAGACGAAGGACUCGCCCAUCGACCCGGCCGACGCCCAGCGCCAGGAGUGGUUCGCCCAGUACUUUUCCUUUUGACUGACCAGAACUUCUAAAAGGAUUCAGCAUGUCAACCAAACUUAAAGAGAUUUAAAAAAACAAAAAACAAAGAAGCAUUAGAGAAAAAAAGAGAAAAAUUGUUGAAACUAUUUGUUAUUUAUUGUCAUCUUGGGGCUUUGGGGGUCAGUUCACCUCGGAUUCAGGCGGCUGCAGUUGGAGAAUCGGUGAAACGCACAGAACCUGAUGUCAUUAAUUCCCACUUUUGGCAGAGCCGGUGGAUGGAGCGUGAACUGAGCCCGGCCCGGUCCGGUCAUCACCCCGACCUGAUUUGAUUGGCUCACUGUGGACGAGUUUCUCUCUUAGUACAGUGACGAUAAUCAUCCGUACGUUCGAUGUUUAUUAUUUGGUUCUGUUACUUUCUGAUUUCUGUUGCGGUUUCUUUGAGCUAGGAAACACCGAGUGGUGCGUUAUCAUGCUGCUAAAUGCCAUAGUUGGAUUAAAGUGAGAAUAAAUAUAUAUAAAGAAAUAAAUGGUAGGUUAUUGUGCUCUCUCUCUCUCUCUCUGUCUGUAUGUGGGUCUACUGCACACAGCAUCUUAGACUAGGAGGGCUGAUCCAGGACCGGUUCCCCUCCUCAUUUCUGGUGACAUUCACCUGAUCCUAGAUCAGUUACCAUGACAACAGGCUUGGACUUUAGGACGGUUUGUUACAGCUGCGUAGACGUUUCAGCAGAUUUUGGUAGAAUAUUAAAACCUGUUUGUAUGGUUGUCUGUCUCAACACAGAUAUAAUGAUGUCUCACCGAUUUUAAAACAAAAAUAGCAUUUUAUAUUUAUAAUAUAAUGUGUAUGCUUAAUAAAGACUUAUUGUGACAUUUC